CAGCGUCUGAAAAUUAACGUCAGCGGCCAGUGCUUCGAAACUCAUUUGGAAGUUUUUGAGAGGCACCCUGAAACGCUGCUGGGCAAUCGAGAGAAGAGGAAGCAAUUUUUCGACAAAGCGAAAAACGAGUUAUUUUUCGACCGACACCGACCGAGCUUCGAGGCGAUAUUUUGUUACUACCAGUAUGGUGGUCGGCUGAAGAGGCCCAUGCACGUUCCAGACGAUGUAUUCCUCGAUGAAAUUCUCUUCUACCAGCUGGAGCAGGAUGCCGUCGACGAGUACAAAAAGUCGGAAGGCUACACAACAUCCGAGGCCCAACUGCCCACCAACCACUUCAUGAAGAAAGUUUGGAUGCUCUUCGAAUACCCAGAGACUUCCAACGCCGCUUUCGCCAUUGCAAUAAUUUCAGUGACCAUCACAUUAAUAUCGAUCAUCUUGUUCUGCGUUGAAACCCUGCCGAAGUUUGCUCAUACGCACUGUGAGAAACACGACAAACCCAACUUCUUCGACCCGUUCUUCCUCAUCGAGACUUUCUGCACGGCUUGGUUCACGUUCGAGGCCAUCGUUCGAUUUCUCGUCAGUCCAAGUAAGUUGGAAUUUUGGAAAGAUUUUAAAAACAUCGUUGACGUAAUGGCCAUCAUUCCUUAUUACGUCACGCUCUUCAACGUUGUGUCCACCAUGAGUUGUGAAGGAGCCAAGUCCAGUGCCUCACUCGCCUUCCUCAGGGUCAUCAGGCUCAUCAGGAUCUUCAAGUUGACGAAACACUCGGUAGGCCUGCAAGUAUUAAUCUUAACGUUUAAAGCCAGUUUGGAAGGGUUGGGCUUGUUUCUGGUGGCUCUCUGCGUCUGUCUCCUCGUCUUCUCCAGCGCCAUCUACUACGCCGAGUUGGGCACGAAAUCUUCGCAGAUCCACAGCAUUCCCGACGCCUUCUGGUGGGCGAUCAUCACGAUGACGACGGUGGGCUACGGAGAUAAAGUUCCAGUAGGGCAUUUGGGUAAAGUUGUAGGAGCAGCUUGCGCCAUUACAGGUGUGCUAACCCUUGCCAUCCCUGUUCCGAUUAUAACCGGUCAUUUCAACCGGUUCUACGCUCAUAAAACCGGUAGAGGUAGACACGUU